AUGGCCAAGACCUAUCCCGUCAUAUCCGCUAUGUGGAACACGCGACCUAGACUGCGGGCUUCCAAUGGCCCCACCUCCGCCCCCAAGGCCGAUCAAGCUCAGAUCAAGCCCACCAAUCACUCAAAGUUUGCAGGCAAGCGUGGUCGUCCAACGUGCCAUGAAUGUUAUAUGUGCCCGUCUUCCAAGUCCAAAGACAAGAGGACUAAGGAGGCGCAAAGGCUUAAGUCGUCGGUCGACGUGGUUCCAGAUUAUAGAUUGACCACUUGGAGGGUGGUGGAUACCAAGUCUAGUAUGAAAUUGUCGGGAUUUUCAACCAUUGAUAUUUUGGACUAUUUAGAUAGGAUCGAUCGUGCGGAUCAUUAUUACAAAGGUGGUGAUGAAGACGAAGAUACACAAUGUUAG